GUGGCGUGAAGAGGCGCUGUGUGUGUCACAGGCGGAGAGGGUCCUCACACAUCACGCACGACGUUAGGAGUUUCCUCACUUCCACAGAGAAAACGCCCCUCUCUGCUCUCUUCUCCUCCAGCUCUUUUCCGACCGUAACCAUCCCUGCCGGCUGGUGCCUGUCUGCUGUCCCCGCCUGCAGGACUGCAUCUCCCGCGGCAGAGCGAACGAGCUCCGGGGCGGCGGCGGCGGCUGCGAUCUCAAUGAUCAGAACCAGGACUGAAGCUUGACAUCCGACCUGACAGGACAGGACUGCAAUCCAUUUCUAUGACAACAGAGAAGGCUUUGGCUGAGGAGAUGAAGAGCGCAAUGGAGGGUGACGCCAGGAGAACCAAUCAGGUUCCAGAGGACCAUGGAGAUGCGGAUGAUAGCUCAGAAAAGACUCCCAGCAAAGCCUCCAAAUCCCCCCAGAAAACCAACAAGAGGCCAAAGACCGUCCCUGUCAAAAUCACCCUGCUUGACGGCUCAGACUACGAGGUUGCAGUUGAGAAAUUUGCCAAGGGCCAGACACUGCUGGACAUGGUGUGUGGCCAUCUGAACCUGCUGGAGAGGGACUACUUUGGCUUGUGUUUCCAGGACACGGAUAUCUCCAAGAAUUGGUUGGAUCCCUCCAAAGAGAUCAAGAAGCAGAUUCGGGUUGGUUCCUGGAUCUUUGGAUUUUCUGUCAAGUUCUACCCUCCAGACCCGUCUGUGCUCAUUGAAGACAUUACCAGGUACUAUCUGUGUUUGCAGCUGAGGGACGACAUCCUGUCUGGUCGCCUGCCCUGCUCGUUCGUCACCCACGCCCUUCUCGGCUCCUACACCGUCCAGGCAGAGCUGGGAGACUACGAGCCAGAGGACCAUGGCCCCGACUAUGUCAGCGACUUCCGCUUUGCUCCAAACCAGACGCGAGAGCUUGAGGAGAGAGUGAUGGAGCUGCACCAUAACUACAGGGGGAUGAGUCCAGCAGAUGCAGAGGUGAACUUCCUAGAAAAUGCAAAGAAACUCUCAAUGUAUGGCGUGGACUUGCAUCAUGCUAAGGAUUCAGAAGGAAUCGACAUCAUGCUCGGUGUGAGCGCCAACGGUUUGCUCAUCUACCGAGACCGACUGAGAAUCAACCGCUUCGCCUGGCCAAAAAUCCUCAAGAUCUCCUACAAGAGGAGCAACUUCUAUAUCAAGAUCCGCCCGGGAGAGUAUGAACAGUUUGAAAGCACCAUAGGCUUCAAGCUGCCAAACCACCGGGCCUCAAAGCGAUUGUGGAAGGUCUGCAUUGAACACCACACCUUUUUCAGGUUGGUUUCCCCAGAGCCGCCUCCCAAGGGGUUCCUGGUGAUUGGCUCCAAGUUCCGCUACAGCGGGCGGACCCAAGCUCAAACCAGACAGGCCAGCGCUCUGAUUGACAGGCCCGCACCACAGUUUGAACGGUCUGUUAGCAAGAGGUACUUGCUGCCGAGAAGCAUUGAUGGAGCCUCUGCUCUCGGGGACAGUAUGGACCAGCUGUCCCAGAGAAGCUCCAGUGAACGAACGCAGUUCAUGUCUCGAGAAGACCUGGACCAAGAAGGCAGCCUUGACCUGGACCACGAUCAGUACCACUAUCAGGACCAAGACCAGGACCAGUACACAGAUCAGGAGCUGGAGCUGAAUGAUGGUCAGGAACUGGAACCAAUUCAGAAACCUCCUCGGGGGGGCAACAUCCAAACACCAACCAAGACAUUGGAGCUGAAGCAGGCUGAGGAGGCAGGCUCGCCUGUAGAAUCAAAACCAGAGGAUUGGGCCACCCCUCGGCCCAAACAGGAGCAGUUCCUGGAUAAGCCUGAAGAUGUUCUGCAAAAGCACCAGGCCAGCAUCAAUGAGCUGAAGAGAGCUCUGAGGCAGCCUAACAGCAAGAUGGCCCAGAGGGAGAAACGCCUCUCCUCCAAUACUCCUCCAGGAGGAACCCCCGAACGGAAACCAGAGACACCUCCAACACCUGCUAUUCACGAGGAGCCUCUUGAUGAAGCUUCAAGGGAACCAUGGGAGAGACGCCUGGGCUCCCUCUCAGAGGAUGACCAGGACCAUGACAUCCUGUACCUGAAGGAAACCCACCUGGGCAUCGAGCGCAAAUGUUCCAGCAUCACUGUCAGCUCGACGUCCAGCCUUGAGGCAGAAGUGGAUUUCACCGUCCUCACAGACCUGCACACAGGCAUGGAGGAGUUCUCCAGGGGAAUGUCAGAGCUGGGAGACAGAGAUCUUUCGCCUGACGUGGGUCUGUGCUUUGGCAUAGACUAUCUCCAGCAGCAGCAGGGUCCAUGUGAGCCUCCUCCUCCACUAGUGUCAGCUCCUCUGUCCAGAGGAGCCAGCAGCAGCCCUCCAGCCAAACUUAUCCAGGCUGAAGAAGUCCGACAGGAGGUCAAACGGCCAGAUGUGCAGCCGGUUGUUCCUAAAAAACCAAAGAGGUCAGUUCCAGUGUCUUCGUCAGUGGACAGAGAGCAGACACACAGGGAAGCUGGUCGCAUCUCUGCUGCCACACCGCUGAGCAGGGAGGCCAGUGAUGUCAUGCCCACGCCGGCAGUAAGAAAGACGGACGUCAGGACGGAGACUCAGCCCAAUGGGUCAGAGGUCACGACAACCAUUGUGGAGUUCGCAGAUCAGGAUCAUGGUAUCACUAGCCUGAGUGAAGUUUCUUACUCUACAAGAAAGAGUGUUUCCCCUGUGCACAUGAGCAGUUUUGGUAGAGAGGCGUCCGGGUCGCCAAUCCUUGUAGCUGAAAAUGUUACCUCGGCAACCACUCACGUCACAAAGACGGUGAAAGGAGGCUAUUCGGAGACCAGGAUCGAGAAGAGGAUCAUAAUCACAGGAGACGACGAUGUAGACCAGGAACAGGCUCUGGCUAUUGCAAUACAGGAAGCCAAGCAGCAGCAUCCUGACAUGCAGGUGACCAAAGCAGUGGUUGUCAGGGAAACAGAAUCAUCCACAGAGGAUCGACACGGUGCAUCAGAGUCAUGAUUUCCUGAGAUCAGAGCACCCCCCUGUGGACCAGACUUGUCAGUGCUGAUGUGAAAUUGCCUCCCAUCAUCCCUCCUGACAGACUCGUGACUGUGGCACUCAAAUGGAGCCUUUUGUUCAUAUUCACACAAAUACACACACAUGGCUGAAUAGGGAAUCCUGUGAAAUUCUAGGUUUCUUUUUUGUUUUUAUUCAACAAUUUCACUUUAAAAUGAUUCAUGUGCAGCAGGUGGUCAUGGAGGUAAAAGAUGAGCCUUGAUUAUAUGGAGUGUAUGCCACCAGAAAUCUGAACAUCUGGAACAAGUAUAAACAUGAUCCCCUGAAAGCCUCUCAUUUCUCACCUUCUCUAUUCAAACAAAUUGCUUUAGUUUCUCUACAAGGUAAAAGGGAAAAAAUGCAGAGUGGGUUCUUCUUUGGAUAAUCUGUCUACUCAUUCACACUAAAAUAAUCCGAGGUCAGGAAUAUUUUGAAAAAAAAAAGGUCCUGCACACAGUCUUCUAUGUGUGUGUCGUGCUCUUCUGAAUAAUAAGAAUUCAUCAGCCACCUGAUGAAAAACCUGUGUGUGUGUGUCUUACCAGUAAUAAGUAAAAGAAAAUCCACUACAUGUAGUUCCAGUACUGUGCAAGCCUUCUGUGAAGCAGAAUGCAAUGAGCUCUCUUGCAUUAGCAGCCGAAUGAACAACUGAGCUUUGUCCUGCCCCCCUCUCUCUCUGACUGAUGAUGAUGCAGUGAGGAGAAGGGAUCAUUUAAGCAACGAGGUCCUCUGGUGGUGUUUCUUCAUAUUUUUUUUUUUUAUUAACGGCCAAAGUAGGAGCUCCUCUGAUCUCUAUACUUCCCUCUAUCUGUCUAAGGAUUUUACCUCUUUCAAUCGUAUUUUAUCAAUGAUGCGGUGUGUGAGUGCAGCAUGAAUGGAAGGACAUGACCAGAGUUAAUGUAUCAUGAUGGACUGUGAUAGGAUUUUUUGAGAAUUUGUGUCAGGACUGAGGAGUUUUUUUUUUAGUUUUUUUUUUAAUACACACAGUGUACCUGUUGUAUUUAUCCAAAUGGUGGAGAUGUAGUUUCUGAGCAUGCUGAUGCUUCAGAAUGAUCGCUGUUUAUUUUCUCUCCUUUUUGCAGCCUUUUAGAAAAUGCUUUCAGAACUCUGCUGGAUAUGAAACCACUUUGGCUAUCUUGUGUAGUAACUACUUCAAAGAGGAGGCUCCCCCCCUUGUGCGAGUCACAAAAUUGGCUGCUGCAUCAUUAAAAGUAGUAUUUGAGAUAAUGUUUGCAUGAUAAGUUCUGGCAUUAUUGGAUUGUAAUUGAGUUUGACGAUGAAACACUAAGAUGUAAAGGCCGAAUUGAUUGCGAUCUGCUGAAUCAGAGCUGACAUGUACAAAAAGGAAAUUAGGCUUUCUGACAGGAAAUGAAGAAUAUUCUUUACAAGAAGUGGGAAUUAUGAUGCACAUAAUUAAGAGUAAACAAUCCUGACAUCCAAAGACAGCAUAGAGGCUACAGUUUCUUCCGUCAGCUACAUCCUUGAACAGUUACUGGUGAAGUUUAAUAUGUCUUUAUUCUACAUAUCAGUGCUUUUAAAUUAAUUUCCCCACCAGGAAAUCUCUCAUGCCUACAUUCAGUAUCUGUACCAACAUUCAACGAAUCUUCUUCAUGUUUCAAAAUGGCCUACAGAAAUGGUUUUAUGUAUCAAAAAAAAA